CAUGCUGUUGCAGUGCCGCUUUCAAAUGAUCCUUCUUGCGACAGUCAAUAAUUUCGAUCAUCAACCCAGAUUCCCGAUAUGCAAGGAGCUCGAAGGCCGUUUCACGGUCGAUGGGAGGGAGAGAGGUUGGACCAUGCAUCGGCAAUACCUGCGAUCGACGUUCGAGGACCUCGAGGAAAACGAUCCACGUGAAGUCCCAUUGAAGAACACCUUCAAUCUCCAGGACUUGCAGAAGUGGGCAGACCCACGGCCCCGCACUUCGGUCUUGGGCUCAGCGAUGUCGACAACGCCAUCCGUAUUGAACCUUCCUACGCCUUUACUUCUUCUUGUGCACCUUCACAUCCUCGAAUAUCCGCGAGCAAACAACCCAGAAUAUGACCAAGAUAUCUUCAGUACGCGUAAACGCGGUCUACGAGAACGGGCGAAAACAAUGGAGGAUAUCGCGUAUUUUCUGGUUGGAAGGAUAGAAGGGAAAAGUGUGAAGACGAUUUUGUCCACAUACCCUUGCGUUCAACCCGCCGAAUCGUUGGCCUUUCGGACUUCUCUAACGAAAUAUCUGGAAGCCCUGCGACACCAGUCCAUAUAUCCUUCGUCAGGACGAUCGUCUGCGGGACUGAAGGGGAACUUGAAAUCGUCGAGUGGGAGCCAAGCGGACGACACGGUGGCAUGGUGGUGGAAAGACGUCCUGGUCAGAAAGUCACUUCUAGAGGAGUGUUCUGGAGACAGAUUCGAACGUCUCUUACUUUCGCUGUCAACCCACGCACUGAUGAAGACUGCGCGUCGAAUACCACCGGAUAGAAUGAGCGUAGGCCCUCCUUCGCUCUCAGCCCGCGAUUGGAAACGAACUGCUUCACUUGUAUCCCAACGCGAUCGGGGUAUACAGUCGCUGCGGGUCCUGGUCGACUCCCAGAGUCAUAUGUUCUCAACUCUCUACGCAAACCUUUCUACUGAACGCCUCCAAUUAUUGGCACAGUCCAAACUGCAAGAUUUAGAGAAUAACGAUUGGCAAGGGGAAGGCGGCCGUGCUGCGCUGCUUUUCUUGACCGACCUUGCCGGGCUACGACCUUCUCUCACAAGUCCUCCUUCAAGUUCAAGCUCUCUUUUCCCGAGACCAUCGCCCUCUCGUCCUGUGGUAUCGACACACCCAUCACCUCUACCCGUGGCCGCCGCACACCACCCAGCCCAUCUCAAGAAACUUCGUCAGUCGACCUUUUAUUCCAAGUCCUCGAAGCAUGAACCAGGAGAACCAGCCACUCACCAGACGCAUGCAGAGAUCCUGCUUGCGGGUCGCAUCCACACUCGGAAGCAGACCAGACAAAUUCUGCAUGACGCCCUUUCUCGGGCCAAGAGGAGAGGAGAAGAACUACGCGUUAUCUCUCGUUCGGUUCUACAACGAGAAAUUCCUGAAACCACCGCUAUCCGGCUCUGGAGGCGACACGGAGCCACCAAACCCAUGAACCUCCAACCAGAGCCUUCCAAAGAGCUCCUCUUUUCUCUGGGCUUCGAGCGAGAGUAUGAGACCUUAACGCCGAACCCAGACGAAGAUCCAAUAGAGAAGAGGAUUGAGCAGAUCCGCGCAUCCAUCCUGCCACCAUAUCCCCAGAUACCUGACCCCCAUGACGCGCGUCUGCCACCUCGCGAACCAACUAACGGCCGUGGGCCCAAAUCCCUUAUCCCAUUAGCGAAGGCCUCCUCCAAUGUCAGACAAGCCGGGAACCAAUUGAUCAAGAGUGGUCAGCCCACACUUCAUGUUCCACCACCACAAACACCUGGCAUGUCGCCGAGCAGGUCCGCAGCUUCGAGGAGCCUCAGACGGAAGUCGCUCUCGGUGCGAUUUUCGAUGGCACAGCGGCACUCUAGACGGCCGUCAGUGUUCAGGGCCUUUAGCGGCGGCGUGGAAGACGAAGUGGAGAAGCUGAUCGACGAGACACACGACUUCCCCACAGACGAUGACGACACUGACCACGAAUCCUCCCUCACCUCCGUUGCCAAAACACCGAAAGCGAAGCGCAAGACGCCGAAAGUCAACCGGAUCUGGACUGCUGGCACACCUGGCCGUCCUCCGCCUGUGUCAAAGUCGCGCGAGUCGGUCGCUCUCGCAGGCCUGUUCGACUCUGAACUAGACGUCGGGCUGCCCAGUCUGCUGUCUCGAGAAUCUGUCGGCCCAGACUCCAUACCUGAUGAGGAUGAUGAAGAUGGUGUUUAUGGAGGUGGAGAGGCGACGCCGAUGCCAGCUAAGAGACGUUUUCCUCGGGUAGCUCGCCCGCCGGACUUGGAGAAUUCGGACGAAGGAGAAGGAGACGACGAGCUUGACGCGUCGCUGCGUGACGACGAAGAGGAUGUAUUCGGGGACGACCCUCCUAGCAUGACGCUCAAGGACAUCUUGUUGAGUGCCGAUACCAGUCGUUUUGACUUAUUGGAGCAAGGGGAUGAGGAAUUAGAAGAAGGAAUGUUGACAGAAGAUGUAUCAUUUGUAUGGGAGUA